CGCCCCCCCAUCCCGGGGCGGCACCAUGAGGCCCCUGUGGCUGUGCUGGGCGCUCUGGGCGCUGCCCCUGACGGGCCCCGGGGCCGCCCUGACCGGGGAGCAGGUGCGGGUCAGCCUGCUGCGGCAGCUGGGCCUCCGCGAGGCGCCCGUCCUGGACCAGCACGACGUGGAGGGGCUGGUCACCCCGGCCCACGUGAGGGCCCAGUACGUGGCCCUGCUGCGGCGCAGCCACGGCGCCCACUCCCGCGGGAAGAGGUUCAGCCAGAGAGUCCGAGAGGUGGCGGGCAGGUUACUGGUGGCCGAGGCCUCCACGCACGUGCUGGUGUUCGGCAUGGAGGGGCGCCUGCUGCCGAACAGCGAGCUGGUGCAGGCCGUGCUGCGCCUCUUCCGGGAGCCGGUCCCCAAGGCCGCGCUGCGCAGGCUCGAGCGGCUGUCCCCGCACCGCGCCCGCACCCGCGUCACCGUCGAGUGGCUGCGCAUCCAUGAGCACGGCUCGAACCGCACCUACCUGGUGGACUCCAGGCUGGUGUCCCUGCAGGGGAGUGGCUGGAAGGCCUUCGACGUGACCGAGGCCGUAAACUUCUGGCGCCAGCUGGGCGGGUCUGGACAGCCGCUGCUGCUGCAGGUGUCUGUGCAGAGGGUGCACCUGGGCUCGCGGGCCUCAGGGGCCCACACGCUGCUCCGCUUCGCGUCCCAGGGCCAGGAGGGCCCGGGGCAGGGCGAGCCCCAGCUGGAGCUGCACACCCUGGACCUCGGGGCCUACGGAGCUCAGGGAGACUGUAACCCCGAGGCGCCGGUGGCGGAGGGCGCCCGCUGCUGCCGCCAGGAGACCUACGUUGACCUGCGGGGCAUGCGGUGGGCUGAGAACUGGGUCCUGGAGCCCCCGGGCUUCCUGGCCUACGAGUGUGUGGGCGCGUGCCAGCAGCCCCCGGAGCCCCCGACCUUCAGGCGGCCGUUCCCGGGGCCGCGACAGUGCGUCGCCUCGGAGACGACCUCGCUGCCCCUGAUCGUGGGCGUCAAGGAGGGCGGCAGGCCCAGGCCCCAGGUGGUCAGCCUGCCCAACAUGAGGGUGGAGGAGUGCAGCUGCGCGUGGGACGGGGCGCCCGUGCCCAGGAGGCUGGGGCCUUAGGGCUGGCCGUGGCCUCCGAUGGACUUGCCUCUGUGUGCAUCCAGGCAUCGGGACAGCUGGGGACUAAGGACUAUUGAUGGCCAACGCUGGGCCAUCUACUGAGCUCAGAAUUUGCUUCCUGUGUCCAUUCAGCUCAUCUCCUAAUUUUUCUGACCAGGGUCACAACUCCCGUGCUUUGCUCUGGUCAUUCACUGCACAUCCCAAGCACUUACCUCUGUCAGUUCCCAAACUGUCACUGUCUCCUUGUCCCCUCACUGGGUCUGGGCUCAGCUCUGUGGAAAGGGCCUACGUGGUCCGGUCAAGUACGGGUUAUGCAUUUCCAACCUGGAUUGUAAGGGCAUUAUCUAAUAAACAAACGAAACACGU